ACCUGUCUGUCUCUCUGCCUGCCUGUCUGUGGUAGUGAUGGGCUGUCUGGGAGGGAAGACGGACGAAGAACGAUUGGACGAGAAAGCGAAGCGAGAAGCGAACAAGAAGAUCGAGAGACAGCUGCAGAAAGAGAGACAGGCUUACAAAGCUACACACAGACUGCUACUGCUGGGUGCAGGAGAAUCAGGUAAGAGUACGAUCGUGAAGCAGAUGAGGAUUCUUCACGUCGAUGGUUUCAACCCUGAAGAGAAGCAGCUGAAGGUUCAAGACAUCCGGAAGAACGUGAAGGACGCCAUCGUGGCCAUUGUGUCGGCCAUGAGCACGCUGACUCCUCCUGUUCCUCUGAGUAACCCCGGCAACCAGUUCAGACUCGACUACAUCAGGAGCAUCGCCCCGCUGUCUGACUUUGAAUACACAGAGGAGUUCUUUGAGCACACUCAGCAGCUGUGGGAGGACGACGGCGUGAAGGCGUGCUGCGAACGCUCCAACGAGUACCAGCUGAUAGACUGCGCUAAGUACUUCCUGGACCAGCUGGACUCUGUCAGGAGGAAUGACUACACACCUACAGACCAGGAUUUGUUGCGCUGCAGAGUUCUGACCUCGGGGAUCAUCGAAACCAGGUUUCAGGUCGACAAAGUCAACUUCCAUAUGUUUGAUGUUGGAGGACAGCGAGAUGAACGCAGGAAGUGGAUUCAGUGCUUCAACGAUGUGACCGCCAUUAUCUUCGUGGCGGCGAGCAGCAGCUACAACAUGGUGAUCCGAGAGGACAACUCCACCAAUCGGCUGCGAGAGUCUCUGGACCUUUUCAGAUCCAUCUGGACCAACAGGUUCCUGAAGACCAUCUCAGUGAUCUUGUUCCUGAACAAACAGGAUGUUCUCGCUGAUAAGAUUCUGGCGGGAAAAUCCAAACUGGAGGAUUACUUCCCCGAGUACAGCACGUACCAAGUAGCUGCUGAGACUGCUCCUGUUCCUGAUGAAGACCCUCAGGUGACCAGAGCAAAGUUCUUCAUCAGAGAUGAGUUUCUGAGGAUCAGCACGUCCAGUGGCGAUGGGAAACAUUACUGCUAUCCUCACUUCACCUGCGCCAUCGACACGGAGAACAUCCGCCGCGUCUUCAAUGACUGUCGUGACAUCAUCCAGCGCAUGCACCUACGCCAAUACGAGCUGCUCUGAUUGGCCGCUGGCAGCCCCCCCCCGAGACAUGUGACCUGAAGAGGCUAACGCUAAUCUAGAAGAUAAUCUGCUGAUAUAUAUCACACUAAAUGUUGUUUGAUUAGUGAUCGAUAGGACAGAAUGUGUCUGUUUCCUUUCUCCCUGUCCGCUGCAGGGGAUUGUGGGUAGUAUAGUUCUGUAGAUGGAAAGGAAGCACAGGGUAGAUCAUACACCCGAUAAACCUGUAGACAUCAACACAAAGCAUACUGCACAGGCGUCAAUCACCAUCUCCAAACCCACCAGACUCCAUGUAAAUAAUCACUACUUUUAGAGCCAGCA